UUGGACACUGAGAGCAAAAUGCCCAACCUUACCUCCACCUCUGAAUUUCUGCUGCUGGAAUUUUCAGACAUCCGAGAACUACAGAUCUUACACUUCUUUGUGUUCCUCACAGCAUACUUGACGGCGGUGACUGGCAACCUUCUCAUCAUCAUUGCUGUAGUGCUUGAUCAUCACCUACAUUCCCCUAUGUACUUCUUCUUAAUGAACUUGGCUAUUCUGGACCUUUGCUCCGUUUCUGUCAUGGUACCCAAAACCAUGGUCAAUUCCCUCCUGAACAGCAGGACAAUUUCUUAUUCAGGAUGUGUAGCCCAAGUUUUCUGCCUCUUCCUAUUUGUAGAUGCAGAUAUUGCUAUCCUUACAGUAAUGGCAUAUGAUCGGUAUGUCGCUAUCUGCAAUCCACUGCAAUAUGAAUCAAUUAUGCAUAAAGGAGCCUGCAUUCAGAUGGCUGUAAGUGCAUGGGUUACCAGUAUAGCUUAUGCCAUAUUACACACCGGCGGCACUUUUUCCAUCACCUUCUGUUCCAACAUGAUUAAUCAAUUCUUCUGUGAAGUUCCACAGUUAUUAAAACUCUCCUGUUCAGACUUAUAUCUAGUUGAAGUGGGACUUCUAAUAUUUAGCAGUGGCAUAGGUGGAGGAUGUUUUAUCUACAUCAUUAUAACUUACAUACAGAUUUUUGCAACAGUACUCAGAAUGCCUUCCGUGCAUGGUCGGAAAAAGGCCCUCUCCACUUGCAUACCUCACCUAACAGUAGUGUCUCUCCUUAUAUGUAGUGGAAUCUUUGCCUAUGUGAAGCCUCCUGCUAACACUUCUUCAGAGCUGAAUGUGAUUUGUGCAGUGAUUUAUGCUAUAUUACCUCCACUGCUGAAUCCAUUCAUCUAUAGCAUGAGGAACAAAGAAAUCCAGACUGCAUUGUUAAAGCUCACUGAUUCAUUCAUUUUUUCCUAA